AUGUUAACAGGCACGCCAGAUAAAAUUCUGGUUAAAGCCUACAUUUGCCUCUUCACGUGUGCAACCACACGAGGCGUACACUUAGAAGUAACUUUUGACAUGAGUGCAGAAGCAUAUAUCCAAGUUUUUCGUAGAUAUGCUGCACGCAGAUCCUGCCCCAGAUUGAUGAUUUCAGAUAAUGGGUCAAAUUUUUUGACCGAAGUCUGUCUACGAGAGAUAUGGAACCAUCCAGAGGUACAAUCAGUAUUAAAACAGAGACAAUGCCACUGGAAAUUUAUACCUCCCGGAGAUUUAUAUCUCACCGCCCCUUGGCAAGGUGGUUUUUACGAGCGGAUGGUGGGAACUGUUAAGAAAUGCCUAAGAAAGGCCUUACAUCAGCAGAAAAUUAAUCUCACUGAACUGCAAACCCUUGUCACAAAAAUUGAGGCACGAGUCAACAACAGACCAUUGACCUACCUUACAGAUGACUUCUCCCAGAGAGAACCCCUGAGUCCCUUGCACUUAAUUCAUGGUGGUCUUCUGAGCCCGCUAAUAUCUCUAGCAGAUGAAGAUCCAGCUGACCAUUCACAUGUUGAUAGGAGUGACUUGGUGGAAAGUUAUAAACAUCUUUCAAUGAUAAUAGAGAAGUGCAAUGAAGUAUGGACUUGUGAACAUCUCACCGAGAAUACCAUUAUGGAGCUUCGAGCCUCUAUAAUAAAGUUCUACUGA